AUGGCAUUAAAGCGAGCAAUGAUUCUUGAUUCAAGCUUGAAGAAGAACGAGAAAAAAUGUCAACACUUUGUUACAUUCAUGGACAAAGUCAUACAUAGCGGUGCAGCAGAGAUAGCCCCAGAGUUAAAGGAUGGACAAGAGGUGUGGUAUCUUCCAUUGUUCGGAGUAUACCACCCUAAGAAAAAGGAUCAGAUACGUGGAGUCUUUGACUCUUCUGCAACAUUCCAAGGAGUGUCUCUUAACAGUGUUCUCCUCACAGGACCUAAUUUGACAAACAAUUUAGUGGGUGUUCUCCUUCGAUUCAGGAAAGACGCUGUGGCAGUAUCAGCAGAUAUUGAACAGAUGUUCUACUCAUUUCUCGUCAACGUCGACCACAGGGACUACUUGCGAUUUCUGUGGUAUAGAGAUAAUGAUCCUAACAAGGAACUUAUAGAAUAUCGCAUGUGUGCCCACGUGUUUGGGAACUCUCCGUCGCCAUCUGUAGCAACAUUUGGCUUACACAAGAGCACCAGAAAUUCUGAUGAAGACAUCAUAGAAUUUGUGAAGAAUGACUUUUAUGUAGACGAUGCUUUAACGUCUUUACCAACUGCUUCACAAGCAGUCGAUUUGUUGAAAAGAACUCAGACUGUACUUAAGAACAACGGCAAUAUUAAGUUACACAAAAUUGCAUCAAACCACAAAGAUGUGAUGUCAGCUUUCUCCAAGGAAGACCUAAGCAAAGAAAUAAAACUGUUAGACUUAGAGAAAGAUUCGCUACCUAUACGUCAGAGCUUAGGUUUCACUGGACCUCUUGUGAUCCAAGGGAAGAUAAUUCUUCGAGAAAUAACAGCACUGUAUGACUGGGAUGAUGAGAUCGACCCCUCAUAUGUUUAUCGUUGGGAAUUAUGGAAGGAUUCUUUUACAUCGCUACAGCAAGUGACUGUCCCUCGCAUGUAUUUUACCAAAUCUUUGAGCCAGAGUGAGACAGUUGAGCUACAUGUGUUUUGCGAUGCUUCGGAACAGGCUGUCUCAGCAGUUUCCUACUUGAGACUUUCUACUGAGAUGGGAAUAGAAGUAACUUUUGUCUUCGGCAAAGCGAAAUUAGCGCCACUUCAUGGACAUACCAUGCCACGACUUGAACUCUGUGCGGCCUUACUAGCAGUAGAUGUAGCAGAAAUUCUCAACAUGCAUCUGAAUGUCAAAUUUACAACCACAAAAUUUUAUUCAGACAGUAUGAUUGUACUUGGCUACAUUAACAACCAAACGAGACGUUUCUACAAUUAUGUAGCCAAUCGUGUUGAGCGCAUUCUACGAACAUCCAAUCCCUCGCAGUGGAAUUAUGUGAAAUCAACAGAGAACCCAGCAGAUCUAGGAACGCGGGGAUUGAACGCAGCUCAAAAUUUGUACCAGGAGUGGUUGAGAGGACCAGAAUUCCUUCAUCUCAACACGGCAACCAUCAAUGAGACUUUUCCCCUCAUUAACCCAGAACAGGACAACGAAAUUCGUGUCAGUGCUAAAAGGACAGUGAUAAAGGACUUUAAUCUUACCAAGAUUUUUGAAAAUGUUUCCAGCUGGAACUCUUUAGUGAGUGCACUUACGGUGCUUAAGACUUUCAUCAGAAAGAGAAAGCAGAUUGUGACAGACCCUGUUACAGUUAGACGAGACAGUGAAUUAGUCAUCAUCAAAGAAACUCAGAAAACCUUUUUCUUGGAUGAUAUUUAUUGUUUACAGCAUAAGAAACCUCUACAACGAGACAGUUCUGUGCUAAAAUUGUGUCCUUACCUGAGUGAAGAUGGCAUUAUGAAGGUUGGCGGAAGAUUGAAUCUUAGCGUACUUUCUGAGGAACUGAAGAAUCCGAUCAUUAUUCCUAAGAAAUCUCAUGUGGCAAAAUUAAUUGUACAGCAUUUUCAUGAGAAAUCAGCUCAUCAGGGCAGACACAUCACAGAAGGUGCAAUUAGAAACAAAGGCUACUGGAUUAUUGGUGUAAAGAAACUAAUUUCAUCAGUGAUUCAUAAGUGUGUUACAUGCAGAAGAUUACGAGGGAAGUUUGAAAGUCAGAGGAUGGCCGAUUUACCACCGGACAGGAUUACUCCAGGACCUCCAUUCAGUGCAGUGGGAGUAGAUACAUUCGGACCCUGGACCAUCGUCACACGUAAAACACGUGGAGGACAAGCUGAAAGUAAACGUUGGGCCAUCAUGUUUACAUGUUUGACGACGACAGCAAUCCAUAUUGAGUUAGUAGAGUCAAUGUCCAGCUCGUCUUUCAUCAAUGCAUUACGUAGAUUUAUCGCACUUCGUGGGAAUGUGUCUUUAUUUCGAUCAGACAGAGGUACUAACUUUAUUGGUGCUACAGAAGAUCUUGGGAUUGAUGUAACGAAGGGACCAGUGAAGAACUUCCUUGAUAAGUCAAAGAUUGUGUGGACAUUCAAUGCUCCCCACUCUUCCCACAUGGGAGGAGUGUGGGAGCGAAUGAUUGGAUUAACGCGUCGAGUAUUGGAUUCACUACUCUUAGGACCAAAAGGAAAAAAUCUCACUCACGAGGUACUUAGUACUUUGAUGGCGGAAGUGACAGCCAUAAUUAACUCCAGACCGAUUACUACUAUAUCUAACGAUCCUGAGGUACCAUUUGUGUUGAGUCCAGCCAUGCUUCUGAAUCAGAAGAUAUCCGGUCACUUUUCCAUGUGUAUGGAUGUUGACAUACGUGACAUAUACAAGGAACAGUGA